CCUGCUUCCUUCCCCGUCGCUCGCUGCCCGCCUCAGUGCACCAUCGGAGCGGGGAAGCCCCAGAAGAGGUGGAGGUGGUGAUGGUGCGGGAGGUCCUUUCCCUCUCUCCCCCCCCCACUCCCGUGGGGCAGGUUUCCCCUGGGCAGCUGCUCUGCAAAGAAAUGGGCGCCGAGGGAGCGUUGGAGACCGGGGAAGGGGCUUCCACACGUGAAGCAACCCCCAGAAGGAAGGCACGUGAGGAAACGGCGCUUGUUUCUGAGCCCUCCUUUGGACGCCUCUCUUGGGGACGGUGCCACGAUUCGGGGGAUGCCCAGAUCCCUCCGGAGCCCUCUGCCCGGGUACAGAUCAUGAUCCGUGAGCUAGAGUUUUCGAUGUGGUGAACAAGCAUGGAUUUUUUCAGUCAUAUCAAUACCAGGAAUCUCUCUUCUGCAGCAAAUAUGUCUGGUCUCCUUUUCAGUAAUUUUGUCUCCCAUCAGAACUUAACCAGCAGUUCUCCUUCCAUGUCAAUAAGUAAGCUUUUCCCAGCAUUGCUACAGUGCUUUGGCAUUAUCCUUUGUGGGUACAUAGCUGGAAGAGUUAAUGUGAUUACAUCAACACAGGCCAAAGGACUUGGAAACUUUGUCUCCCGCUUUGCACUCCCAGCUUUAUUGUUCAAAAACAUGGUUAUAUUGAACUUUUCCAAUGUGAAUUGGUCCUUCCUGUAUAGCAUCCUCGUUGCCAAAGCUUCAGUGUUCUUCUUAGUCUGCAUUUUAACAUUCUUUAUAGUCACUCCAGAGAGUCGGUUUAGUAAAGCUGGACUAUUUCCUAUCUUUGCUACUCAGAGCAAUGACUUCGCCCUGGGAUAUCCUAUAGUUGAAGCUUUGUAUCAAACUACAUAUCCAGAGUAUCUCCAGUACAUAUACUUGGUUGCACCCAUAUCUCUCAUGAUGCUAAACCCUUUGGGAUUCAUCUUUUGUGAAAUCCAGAAAUCAAGAGACAAUCGGAAUCUGUCCCACAGCAAAAUGAAGAUUGUGGGACUUGGGCUUCUUCGAGUGUUGCAGAACCCAAUUGUAUUUAUGGUCUUCAUAGGAAUUGCUGCAAAUUUCAUUCUUAACCAAAAGAUUCCUGAAUAUUUGGAAAACUUUCUUGAUGGACUUGCCAGUUCAUUUUCUGGCUCAGCACUUUUUUAUCUGGGUCUUACAAUGGUAGGCCAGAUCAAGAAACUGACAAGAGGUACAUUUGUUGCACUGAUUCUUCUCAUCACAGCUAAACUACUGUUGAUGCCACUUCUAUGCAGAGAGAUGGUGGAGUUGUUGGACAAGAGCGACAGCUUGGUCAACCACACCAGCUUAUCAAACUAUGCAUUUCUCUAUGGAGUCUUUCCAGCAGCUCCUGGCGUGGCUAUAUUUGCAACACAGUUUAACAUGGAAGUUGAAGUUAUAACCUCUGGCAUGGUGAUCAGCACUUUUGUCUCUGCCCCCAUCAUGUACGUUUCUGCUUGGUUAUUAACCAUCCCAUCUAUGGAUAGAAACAAACUGUCAACCGCUAUCCAAAAUGUUAGCUUUGAUAUUAGCAUCGUCAGCCUUGUUUCUUUGAUUUGGUCACUUGGUGUUAUUUUCUUGAGUAAGAAAUACAAGCAGCUUCCUCACAUGCUUACAACUAACUUACUCAUUGCUCAGUUUGUAGCCUGCCUUGGAAUGAUAAUCUGGAAUUUCACUAUUGAGGAGAGAAGUAUCUCUGUGCAGAUUCUUGUGUUCAUCUUCUUGUACAGUUCACUUUAUAGUGCUUUUCUGUGGACAGGUCUCUUAUCUUUUUCUCUGUUGCUUUUGAAAAGAAGAGAAGCCAUAAAGAUCCCUGUUGGAUUUAUCAUUAUAGCUGGUUGGGGCAUCCCAGCAAUUCUCGUUGGAAUCCUGCUAAUAGCUGGUAAACACACUGAUGAUAUCGACUCUGCCUUUUUUUAUGGAAAUUAUCAGAUGAUUACCACAGCAGUUGUUGUAUCCAUCAGCAUAUUGAUAUCAGGCAUUUCACUCAUGUGUAUGAACAGAUCUGGAAUGGAGGCCAACUAUGAGGUGUUGCAUCAGCAUUUCCAACACAGUCAAACUGAGGAGCCAGACAGGGAAGUGAAUGGACGAAGUAGACCUUUGACCAGUAUGUCUGAUUUGCCGGCAGACACUUCCUUUGAAAGAGAGCACUGCGCAUGCCAAAAACAAAAUGGAGACUUGUGCUGUUCUGAAGGAGAGCCAGCCUGUAGUUCUAGCAUCAAUGAUAACUGCUCUCUGUCUAUUGAGACAGCAAAUCAGUGUUUGGUUCCAUGUAGUUCUCAGAGGUGUGUCCUGGCUCAGGAAGAGCAACUUCGGCAAACUGGGGACAAACAGUUGGCUAGACAUGUGCUGCUCUGUCUGCUUCUCAUUGUUGGUCUCUUUGCCAAUUUAUCCAGCUGUUUGUGGUGGUUGUUCAACCAGGAACCUGGAAGACUCUAUGUGGAACUGCAGUUCUUUUGUGCUGUAUUUAAUUUUGGUCAGGGGUUCAUUUCGUUUGGAAUUUUUGGCUUGGACAAGCAUUUAAUUAUUCUUCCAUUCAAAAGAAGGUUUGAAUUCCUCUGGGGCGGUAGAACAGUGGAACGCAGGGAAUCAUCUGUACCUGAGGAAAUCCGGAUGGCAUGCCAGCAGUUUGUUAAUUACCAUAAAGAGACAUGUGUAAGGAGCAUUGUCCAAGAUAGAAGGUGUGGCACAAAGACUGUGACGGGGGUCUUCUUUGGUUCUGACCUGGUGACAUGGCUCGUUGAAGUUGGCCUUGCUUCAGACCGUGGAGAAGCUGUGGUGUAUGGAGAGAAACUGGUGAAAGGAGGCAUCGUCCAGCAUAUUGCCAAUGAAUUUGAAUUCCGGGAUGAGCAGUUGUACUAUCACUUUAUACCUGGGAGAGCAGCAACAAAAAAGAGCCAUGGGUGUGAGGAGUCACUUGGAAGCUAGCCAAUGAGAGCCUUACCCCAAAUUCAGUGCACAUUUUUACAAUGUCAUCUUAGUCAUAAGUUUGUCUUCUACCCAAAGAGAAUUAUGUCUUGCAUUUUGAAUGCUGAUGAAUUCUGAUUGCUUCAGGGACUUAUUUCAAAUCAUGGAAAUUCAAAAGGGUAAUAUUAUCCAUACUGCCAUACAGCAUUUUGUUUAUUUUAUUUUUAAAAUAACAGUUGUUUUAAAACACAGUUCCCUUGCCGGUACGCCAAAUCUUGAAGAAUCUUUUGUGUUCCUCCUCUUCAGUUUAAUUCAGUGUUAGUAUCAUGCAGUGUAAAAAAAAAUCAGGAUCAGCAUAUAAAAUGCAUUUGGGGAAGGUACAGUCUCUUCCCUUUUGAAGAUAAAAAUCCCCAGUUGUGGGACACAGUGAUCAUGAAGAGGGAGAGGGACAUUGGCGUUGGAGGAUUAGAAUGAAGAGGAUGACUUCUGCUGCUGAUGGUCAUGGUUCCUAUCAGAGCGCCCUUUUGAGACUAAGUGAUGUUUGUGGGACUUAACGUUCCAUUAACAGUUUAUAGAGCUUUCUGCCCAAGUGUAAUUUCUUUUCCAAAAUGUUUUCCAUCAUUAAUAGUUCUGAGAUGAGUGGUUGGCAUAUAACUACUGAAUACUGAGCCGUUCGUUUCACAGACCUCAAACUAGUAAACAUCCUGACUUCAGUUUAAAUCUGUGAAGUUGUGGUUACUUUGCACCUCUUAAUUAAGCAAACAGCCUGUUUAAAAGGAAGCACCAAAUACUUGAAUUGAACUUGAGUACUACUUUCAUUAUGCAAUUAAAGAACUCUUAUUGAUAUAUUUUUAGAUAACUUUGAAAUAUAGAUAUUGAAAGCUUUUGUUCAUAGGCUUGUUAAUAAUGGAUUUAAAUUAAACUGACUGCCAGUAACUUCCUGUCCAUUACAACUUCUGUAUUUUUUAAUGUUCCAGAUUUCUCAUCUGUAGAACACUGACUUGUAUACAAUGUCAUAUUUUUUUUACUCCUAAGCUGCCAUGAAAGGAUAGAAGUGGCAGAGAGCAAUGGUUUUAUUUACUCUUUUUAAAAGGCAAAAAGAAUUCUAAAGACUUUGCAUAGUUUUUAGAUUGCCAGCAUCGCUGAAGGAAGCAUUGUCCCCUGGCUUAGUUUCUUUCCUGUAUCAUGAGACCGCUUCUCUUCCAUCAAAAUCUUCAUUCCUUUCCGGGAUGUGUGAUGUGAACAUUUAUUUUUGUAGCAGUGUGAAUGUGGGUGGGUGGGGAGGAUUCUUGCAACCUGUGGUGGACAGCCCCUCCUAAUAGGAGGAUGUCCUAAUCUCUUCAGUAGCCACCAUAGCGUGUACUGCAAUGUGCAUGAGAAAUGUAAACAAACCAUGUCCUUUUUUACUCUCAGGCAGAUAAUCCAUGCAGUGUCCAUGGUGCACAGGAACUAACACACUGACAGAUUUUCCUCAUGUUACAUUAAACAGUCCUAUCUUCUGCAACGAAGAAAACUGUUUAUAUAGUGUGGCUUAAUUUGAGCUGCAGCUGAAAUGUAAGGAAUGCUGCUGUUACAUUUCUAAAAGCAAGCAUGCUUUUGGAAAGAAUUUUGGAGAGAUGUGUUUUGAAAGUGGUUGGUAUCUCUGCAUUCUUGGUGUGCCAGUUUCUCAAUAAAUGCAGAUGUGCUAUCUCUUA